AGUCGCUCCCUGUCGCAGCCGGAGACUUCUCUGCUUCCCCCUUCCUACCCUCUCUGCACGGCGGUCGCUCGGGCUGUCCGGGGAAGGGGCGGCCACGAGAGAACGGGACUGACUUCCAUAAAGUUUCCCGAAGCAUCUGCUACCCGCAAGGCCCCAGGUGGGGGACCCGCGCGGCUCCCCGCCCCUCUCCAAAGCCCGGGGGACCGUUGCAGGUGGAGCGGCGCGGCGCUGAGGGGAGCCGGGCUCGGCGCGGCCGUUGCCCUGGCGAGGGGCGCCUCAGUCCUGCCUGCUCCGGUUCCAGCUCCUUCGGCUGCUGCGCCCGGCGGUUCGUCCUGUCAACUGCCUGCGCCCGCGCGCCGCCAGCUCGCCGGCCCGGAGCGCGGAGGGCUGCCGUGAGCCGCCGCCACCGCCACAGCCGCCACCGCAGCCGCGGCCCGAGGACGUGGUGAGCUGUGGCGCUUCCGCGUCGGCGCCGCCGGGGACUCUUUGGGAGCGCGCCGGGGCCGAAGCCCGCUCGGCUUCACGCGCUGCGCCGGGGCUGCGCCAGCCAAGCCGCAAUGAAGAGCUUCUCACAGUGAAAGGAAAAUAGGUCGCACCCGUUAAAAAUGCCUUUGAGGGACAAAUACUGUCAAACGGACCACCAUCAUCACGGAUGCUGCGAACCAGUUUAUAUCCUGGAGCCUGGAGAUCCUCCCUUGUUACAGCAACCAGUGCAGACAUCCAAAUCUGGUAUUCAGCAAAUAAUUGAGUGCUUUCGAUCAGGAACCAAACAACUUAAACAUAUUUUAUUAAAAGAUGUGGACACUAUUUUUGAAUGUAAAUUAUGCCGUAGUCUCUUUAGAGGAUUACCAAAUUUAAUUACCCAUAAAAAAUUUUACUGCCCACCAAGUCUCCAAAUGGAUGACAAUCUUCCUGAUGUAAAUGAUAAACAAAGCCAAGCCAUAAGUGAUCUCCUAGAAGCCAUAUAUCCAAGAGUGGACAAGAGAGAAUAUAUUAUUAAGCUAGAACCCAUAGAAACCAACCAAAAUGCAGUGUUUCAAUAUAUUUCAAGGACUGAUAACCCUGCUGAAGUGACCGAGUCAAGCAGUACACCUGAACAAACUGAAGUUCAAAUACAGGAGACAAGCUCAGAACAGCUGAAAGCAGUCCCCGACGCAGAUACAGAGGUGGAGGAGGCCAUAGAGCCUCCUUCUAUAGAGACUGUUGUAGAUGAAGCUGCAGCUCCCACUGAGGAGCAACCUCAGGAAUCACAGGCUGACUUGGAGACGUCUGACAGUUCUGACCUUGGUCACCAGUUGAUAUGUUGUCUUUGUAGAAAAGAAUUCAAUUCUAGACGAGGUGUUCGUCGUCACAUUCGAAAAGUACACAAAAAAAAGAUGGAAGAACUAAAAAAAUACAUUGAAACACGGAAGACUCCAAACCAGUCUUCAAAAGGACGCAGUAAGAGUGUUCUAGUUUCAUUAAGUAGGAGCUGUCCAGUUUGUUGUAAAUCAUUUGCUACAAAAGCGAAUGUAAGGAGGCAUUUUGAUGAAGUUCACAGAGGACUAAGGAGGGAUUCAAUUACUCCUGAUAUAGCGACAAAGCCUGGGCAGCCUUUGUUCCUGGAUUCUGCUUCUCCUAAAAAAUCUUUUAAGACUCGCAAACAAAAGUCUUCAAAGGCUGAAUACAAUUUAACUGCAUGCAAAUGCCUCCUUUGCAAGAGGAAAUACAGUUCACAAAUAAUGCUUAAGAGACAUAUGCAAAUUGUCCACAAGAUAACUCUUUCUGGAGCAAACUCUAAAAGAGAGAAAGGCCCUAAUAAUACUGCCAACAGUUCAGAAGUAAAAGUUGAGCUAGCAGAUUCUGUAGAGUCUUCACCCCCUUCCAUUACCCAUUCUCCACAGAAUGAACUCAAGGGAACAAAUCAUUCAAAUGAAAAAAAGAACACACCAGCAACACAGAAAAACAAAGUUAAACAGGACUCUGAAAGCCCUAAAUCAGCUAGCCCUUCGGCUGCAGGUGGCCAGCAAAAAACCAGGAAACCAAAACUUUCAGCUGGCUUUGACUUUAAGCAACUUUACUGUAAACUCUGUAAACGCCAGUUUACUUCCAAGCAGAACUUGACUAAACACAUUGAGUUGCACACAGAUGGAAAUAACAUUUAUGUUAAGUUCUACAAGUGUCCUCUCUGCACUUACGAAACCCGUCGGAAACGUGAUGUGAUAAGACAUAUAACUGUGGUUCAUAAAAAGUCAUCUCGUUACCUUGGGAAAAUCACAGCCAGUUUAGAGAUCAGAGCUAUAAAAAAGCCUAUUGAUUUUGUUCUAAACAAAGUGGCAAAAAGAGGCCCUUCAAGGGAGGAAGCAAAACAUAAUGACUCAAAACAGGAUGGCACUUCCAAUUCUCCAAGUAAAAAGUAUGAAGUAGCCGACGUCGGUAUUGAAGUGAAAGUCACAAAAAACUUUUCUCUUCACAGAUGCAAUAAAUGUGGAAAGGCAUUUGCCAAAAAGACUUACCUUGAACAUCAUAAGAAAACUCAUAAGGCAAAUGCUACCAAUUCACCUGAAGGAAACAAAACCAAAGGCCGAAGUACAAGAUCUAAGGCUCUUGUCUGCCUGGCGAAGCCGUCGCCCCGCAGCGCCGCCAUCCUGCGUCCGCCCGCGGGCGCCGUCACCACGCGCCAGGCCGCCUCCAGCUGCCGCGCCAAGCUCCGCGGCGCCGCCAGGGAGCGCCAGCACGCGGCGCGCGCCCUCGGCAGGUCAGCCGCCCCGUGACGCCGCCGCGCGCUCCCGCGGCCGCGCGCACCGCCGUACCUCGGGCGCCCAGGUCGUCUGCAUCCACGGCCGCCUCGGCGUCGUCGUCGCUGGUCGGAGCGCCUCAGCUCGCCCCCCGCUGCUGCCGCAGCCUGCUCUGCCACGCGGGACGCCGGGCCACUCCUUGCUCCGUGCGAUGCGUUUCUUCAGCCCGCCUGCAAAAUCCCCGGCUUCUUUAAAAACCUCACCGCACAUGAUUCCGUUUCCCUAUUUCUUGUAACUACUCUCUGUUCCCUUUCAGAUUCUUUCCAUUAUUAGUUCUUCAAAGCCAGCAUCGUUUUCUUCAUUAAGCUCUCAUCAAGCUCCACCUCCCACUCCCAUCUGCCAGAAGAUUCUAAUGGUCCAAAUUCAUGAUACAACCCAGAGUUGUAUCAUGCACAUCUAUAAUUGAACUCAAGCGUCAGGCUUUCCCCUUCCUGUAACUUUAUCGCCAAUAGCCAUUGCUCCCUGUGGAAUUAGUCCUUGUUUCCAAGGACUCGUCAUCCUAAACUCACCAUCCUUAGAAACGGGAUCCUCUCUAGAAUAUUGUCGCCGGUGACCACAGGACCGUGCCUUUCCAUAGCUGCUCCGGGAAGGCUUGUUGGCUUAGCCCCUCUUUUUUUCCCAGGCCCUCUGUCCCAGGCUAUACAUGGAUGUCUUACUUCUCUUGGGCUAUUCCCAGUGACUGGUCACAGUUAAAGUCGUGAUGGCCCAAUCAUGUGACAUUCAUGGUCCCUCAGUGAGCUAUUGGGGACCCUUCAACUCCUGGCCACAGCUUCCUUAGAACUCCCGGCUUCAGUCUGUAUCCCCUCUAGCCUUUCCUAGGUAUGUCAGACCUGCGUUAUGGCUUCUUCAAGAUCUCUGCUCUCCUCUUGCUUUCUUUUGUCUUUCUCAGGUGUCCCCUCAACACAACUGCUGCACAGUGACCUUUGUCUUGGUGUCUGCUGCUAGGAUCUGAACUGACACAUCAGACAUUCCAGUCUCUGACCACCACCUUCCUAUCCUGAGUUGUUUGCUGACCUCAUUUUUCUACUGUUGAGUAGGCCAUGUCUUGGCUCUAUUUCCUUGACUAGCCCAGAUUCUACAGUCUAUUAUCGUAAUCAUGCCUCGAAAUGCAAAUUCUCUCAGCACUCUCAAACCUCAGUUUCUUCGAAAUUAUUUUUCUAGCAAAAAAAUAUCCAACCCUGGGUAUAGGUAACUUCUGUCUUGCUCUAGCCAGACUGUAACAACGGAUUUCGUUUAAGAAGAAAUCAUGAAACCAACCAACCUGUUCAAUUUCCAAGACAUUAUUGCAAAUCCUAAAUUGGUGUUUUUUCCUAUGGUCGUCUCAGUCCUUCACUUUUAGACCUACUGUUUCUUUGCAUGAAUCUCCCCAGAAUGUGCCGUUUGUUUUGAUAUUUCCCUGAGAACUAAGAGUUAUAGACAGAGCUCCUCAGCUCCCUACUACAGUGCGUGGAACUGAUCUAUUUUGUGACUGUGAAGGGAGCCCCUUCUUCUCUCAGUGCCCUGAGUCUCACUCCCUCUUGCUUUUUGAAAAACUUCAGGUUCUCUUCUUUCUCUCUUCUGUACCAUCAUUCUCCCCACCUCUUAAUUAUCAGUUGCAGUAAAGGGUGUCACCAUUCAGCAACAAUUUGGGGGUCAUCUUUGCUACUUUUAUGACUAGUUCCUUACAAAGCAACCCAUCUUAAUCGAUCAGUUUUAUUGCUCAAAUAUGCCUUUUUGUUUUUUGUUUUUGUUUUUGUUUUUGUUUGUUUUGAGAAAGGAGCUCUCGUACACAUAGUGCUGAUUCGCCUGGAACUCACUAUGUAACAGGUUAGCUUUGAAUUUGUAACAAUGUCUUUGCUUCUGCCUCCUAAACCCUGGAUUACAGGUGUGUACAAUCAUGCCUGACUUAAAAUUGACUUUAAUUUGUCUCCUUCCAAACUCAGUGCUAUGACCAACAUAUUUUCUCAUGCCUGGUCUCUCGGGUACCACUUUUGACAUACUUUAGUACCUUUUUGAUAACCUGGUAAUAGUGACCUUUCUCAUCCAUUAAAUCAAAUCAUCUAUUGCUUGUAGAAUAAAAUUGAACCCCCUUACCAUGGCUCACAAAACCAUGCACCAUCUGACCCUUUUCUAGUUCUUGAACAGCCUCUGGACCCUUCUCUCACUGUUUACCAUGCGUGCCCAUGUAACAUGCCAAGCAAGUUUUUUUUUUCUGUACCUCAGGGGGUUAGUAAAUGCUACUAUUUCUAAGCUGCUUUUCAUGGCCACCCUCUCUCCUCCAUUACAAUUUAUCCUGUAGAUGGGUGCAGAGUUUUGAGAGAGGCCUCCCUGGAGUACCAUGUUGAAGUAGUCAUGACCUCCCAACCAUUUCCUCUCCCAGUUCUUUAUUUGUAAUCUUAUUUAUUUGUUGACUCUGACUUAUCUCCACUUCCCCAUUCCAGAAUGUAUGAAGGAAGAAAUAGUGUGUGGAUGUCUGGAUUCUUCAACACUGCAUUCUCUGUCCAUAGCCGAUUUGGUGCAUAUUAGGUGCACAAUCAAUGUCUUGAAAGAAUACAUGAAUACAUAUGCAAAUUUCUCUGUUGGGGAUUCACUUUCUAUUGAUGUAGUAAAAGUUGUUUAUAUAUUAAAACCACUAAUCAUUUGUUUAUUCUGUUUGUUGCAGACAUUUCUUCCCCAAUUUGUGCCAGUUUAAUUCUUAAUGUCUAUGAUGUACAGAAAUACUGUAUUUUCACAACAAUAAAUACCCUUUAUGAAUCCUGCACCCGGUGAUAUGUUUAAAAAAUCUCCAUGUCAGUGUUACAUGCAUGUUUGUUUCCUUUCAUUUUAAUUUUUUAGAUUUAAAUAUUUUCUCUAAAUGGAAUUUAUUUUUGGUAUAGAUGUAUAAGGGCCUAAGUAUUUAUUUAGUCGUUACAUCAUCAUUUAUUGAAAGUUCUCUCUUUUUUCUACUGUUUUGAAUAUUUCACAUUUAUCAGAUAUUAAAUUUCUUAUACCUAGAGCGGUUUCUGGAUUUGUUACUUCUUUGUUGUUCCUGAUGCUGUUAUUUUAACUAUUGUCCUGCCGUUGGUUGCUAUGCUGUGUGUUUACAAUGAAAUAAUAUUACUCUUAUUUUUUAAAAAAUUAUUUUUGUGUUUUGGCUGUUUUUGCAUCUAUUCUCCUCAAUAAGCUUUAGUUAUAUUUUGGUAAAGUCCAAAAGAAAGUCUCUUGUUGUUUUGUUUAGGAUUGCUUUAAGAUUAUGAUUAUUUGAAAAAUAGUUGUGAAGAUUUGUACUCUUUACAACUAUUGAGGAACUUGUCACAUGUCAAGGUCACCGAAGACACCUUGUAUGUCCUUCAGGUCUUCUGUUUUUAAUGUGGCACAAACUUAUUGGUUAUAUUUUACCUUCUGUUGCUGUUUGACUGUGAUCAGUUUUUCAUUUUUAAGAGCUUUUAUAAAAGCUGUUCCUUGUAGGGUCACUUGAUUUUUUUUUUUUGAUAACUUUUCAUAUCGCUCACUAAUCUUUACUGAUUCAUUUCUACAUAGCCAGUCAUUUUAAAGAAAAUAUAUGAUCAUUUCUUGUUUUUUUGGCUGUGCUUACACCUCAUCAAAUAUGUGAUGGUAAUAGCUUUGCUCUUAUUCCUGACGUUUUAGGAAUGCCUCCAUCAGUAUUUUAUCAGAUUUUAAUAUUAACUACUGAACUAAAAUACAGGCCUUCAGGCAAAGGACAUGGCUUUCUGGUUCAAGUAUACCAAACAUUAUUUUAGAAGUUCAUGUUGAAUAAUAUUAAUCAUUCUAGACAACUAGAGAUUAUCAUAGAGUUUUAUUUUGUUGUCUGUCACCACAAUGUCUAAUGUCACAAAAAAUAAUUAUUAUUAAACGAUUUCCUAAUUCCAGGCUCUUUCUGCAUAAGAUACAGUCUGUAAUCAUGGUGAACUUUCCCUUCAUUUUAAAGUACAUGAGUACAUUUUCCCCCAUUUAUAUAUAUGAGUACAGUGCCACUGUCUUCAGAACCCCAGAAGAGGACAUCCGAUCCCAUUAGAGAGGGUCAUGUGUCACCAUGUGGUCGCUGGGAAACAAACAGCAUUUUAAAGUAUAAUAAUGUCAAAUUAAACGCCUAUAUUUUAAGUGGGGUUAUUACACUUAUAUUCAUAAAAAAGACUAGAUUGUAGUCUCAUAUUUUUGUAUUCUCUCUUAGAUUCAGAAGUGGGGAUCUCUCUUGUUUUUAUGAUAUAAAGUAGCACUGUAGGAGCUGUCUGGUCCUUGAUGGCUGGGAGAACCCCCCCCCACACACACACACACACACAACACUGUUUAUAAGGUAAAAGGUAAUUCUCUGAAAUUUUUGAAAAGUUCUAUGGUUUUGUCCUAUACAGGCAACCAUACUUCUUGAAUAGCAACUUUAAAAUUAUAUUUUUAAAAGAAAGUCAUGCAUUUUCAUAGAAUUUAAAGCUGUUAGAUUUCUGCAUAUAUUUAUCUUAAAAUUAAAAAUAUUUUUCUCUGCAUCUGUGAUUGUAGUGUUUUCUUAUUUCUGAACUUUUUAGUGCUUAGUUAUAUUUUUUAUUUUAUUAGUCUUGCCAGUCUCUUUAAGGAAUCAACACUUAAAUACUUUAUUAUCUCUAGUUUUUCUGUUUAUAUCAAUAUAAUUAUUUAUCUCUAGUUCCUUCCUCAUCUUUAAUGCUUAGUUGUUUUACAAAUGUUUCUUUGUAAUUGAUGUCUUAGAUAAUUUUAAAAUUUCUUAUUUAAUAAUAGGACAUAAGACUAUAAGCUUAAAUCUGGGCACAGCUUUGUUAUGUAGCCUCUUACUGUUACAGUAGCUGUCUCUAUUUCAUUUUUAACUGGUGUAAUUUACAAUAGUGUUUUGAGUUUUUUCCCUGUUAAUCCUUCUUUCUUUAAUAAAAAGUAAGUUUAUUAAUAUUUACGUUGCUAUUUUUAAUAAAGAGCUAAUUUUAUUUGUAAGAAGUAA